AGUGAACGGAGCCCUGAACGUAGCGCAGUGUCAGAGCUGCAGCAGCGCCGAGGAAACGCAACCGAGAGUGUGUGAGUCGUUUUGAGGUUGUUCUUGGCUCGUUUUUGGAAACAUGGCAUCAGGGAGGACGCGCUCCACUCGCAGACUGCGUAACUGGAUUGUUGAACAGGUGAGCAGUGGUAAAUAUCCGGGGCUGGUGUGGGACGAUGAUGCUAAAACUAUGUUCCGUAUCCCAUGGAAACACGCUGGGAAGCAGGACUUCCGCAAAGAUGAGGACGCCGCCAUAUUCAAGGCGUGGGCAGAGUUUAAGGGGAAGCUGACGGAAGAGGGACGCGACAACCCGGCCUCCUGGAAGACCCGUCUGCGCUGCGCCCUCAACAAGAGUCCAGAAUUCACAGAGGUGAUGGAACGAGCUCAGCUGGACAUCUCGGAGCCCUACAAAGUCUACCGUCUCGUCCCCAUCAGCGAGCAGGGUAUGGUGACGCCUGAAAAGAAAUCCAGAGAUAAACCCACAAAGAGACCGAAAAGAAGGAGCAGCGAGUCGGAGAGCGAUGACGUCGGCCAAGUCAAGCAGAUAAAGACAGAGGCGGUCUCAUCUCAGCUGUGUAUUGAAGAGCUUCUGCUGCAGAGUGACAAUGACGUCCAAUCAGAAGAGCCGGUUCAGAUUGGUUCCAUUAUACAGAGAGACGGGGUCGAUGAGAUCCAGUUGGACGUGCGGAUCGAGGAGCCCGUCGCUUCUCCUACAGCAGCCCAGGACUCUUUGCGUGUGACAGUUCACUAUUUAGGUCAGCAGGUUCUCGAGCGCCAAAUCCAGGGCACUGAUGUCCGGAUAACGUACUUGCCUUCCUCUCUCAUCCCUCCGACCCCGGCCGCCCUGAAAGGAAGGUUCCCACGCAUCCCCCUGCCGGAGCCGCCUUCUAGACUGUCCCCCAGCCAAGAGCUACAGGCCCUGCGCACCCUGCUGCCCUUUAUGGAGAAAGGGGUGGUGCUGACCAGCACGCCGCAGGGUGUUUACGGCAAACGCUUCUGCCAAGGUCGGGUCUUCUGGACGGGACCACACACGACCCUGCCGGGCCUGCACAAGAUGGAGAGAAACACAGAGCCGGUGCUGCUCUUCAGCAAAGAAACCUUUAAACAACAACUGGAUAACUUCCGUUCAAACGGUGGCGAGCCUCCUCAGUGCAGCAUCACUCUAUGUUUCGGUGAAGAACUGAGCAACACAGAAGAUGAUCUAUCCAGAAAACUCAUUAUUGUUAAGAUCAAUUUACCGUGGGCAGAGCAGCAGGUCCAGAACGCUCAGUCCCUCUACGAGUCCAUCUCCAUCCUCCAGUCCCUGGCCAGCCAGUCUGGAGAAAUCACUCUCAACCUCGUCACCGUGCCGUCCGAGGCUGUCGCCUGCGAGGGCUGACUGAGCACUCUGGCUGUCCUGAAGGGCUUUUGUGCCAAAAUAAAGACACCCCCACCCCACCCCACCCUUCCCUUCCAAACUCUUUAAAAAUGACAGCAUGAAAUGCUGAGCAGACGUCACUUUUAUGAAAGACACUUUUUUUUUGGGGAUACCAAAUUUGAAGCGGAGAUCAGUUACUGAGCUUCUAAAAAUAAUACUGAUAAAAAAGAUAUAUUAUUGAAAUUAACACAAAACAACUUUUUGCACUAAAAAAACAAUAAAAAACAAUAAAAAACUAGAAUCAACUUUAGCCCUUCAUCACGUUAACUGGAGAUUAAAGAGUGAAUUUAAACAGACUUCUUUUAACCUGUAAAUGGACGUUGAGCUGUUUGGUUGGACAUUCGUUGGUAUACUGGAAGCACUACAUGUAAACCAACACUGACUGACAAGUCGUCUACUUAUGUGUCUAAAAAUAUCUUAUCUCUGUUCUUCAAUGGCUGCACAUAUAUUUUCCUCCAAUGCCAGUGGUUCCCAAUCUGUGGCUCGGGACCCUCACAAAGGGUCGAAGGAUAGGAGAGAAGGAUGGAAAUGUUUCUUGGAUGUUCUUCUAAUCUGUUUUUUUGUGAAUCGCUGGAUUGUUUUAUACGUUUCAGGCUUCAGGAUCACAAGCUAAACAGGUUGGAAACCACUGCUGUAAGUGUUUCUACUAGUAGCACUAUAUAUAUAAACCUUGCCUUGUUAGAUGUUUGUUUUCACAGUAAAUAAAAAGGGAAACAUACUGUAAAUAUAGUCAAAACUUAAAUAGAAACCUGAAAUAUUUAAGUAGAGUAGAAUGAGUGUCUUUCAUUUUUACUUUUAAUGUAACAACUGUUAAUCUAAUCCAACCCAGUGGUGGUGUUUCCUGCUUAUGUUGGUUUUGUUGUUGUUGAACAGACAUGAUAACUUUACAAACUUGGGUUUAUUAUUGUCUUUUAAUAGAUACGAAGUUUCACACUCUUGUCGAGAGACAGGGCACUGCACCUUUUGUCUCAGCUCCAUAGUGGUGCUAAAUCCAGAUCAAUAAAAAGGAAUAAUCCCACCAGUUAUACUACUACUACUACAUCUGGGACAUUCAGUGCAGUUUUAGGAAUUAUGUGAACUAAUCUAAUCUACACUCAUCUAAGGUUUCCUGCAGAGGAGAAAUGUAAACUUGAGAUCUUGACAGUUACACUAAAAGUCUGACAAAGUUUUAGACAUUUUAAAAGCUUUUAAAAUGUCUUCCAGUCAGACUCUGUUGUAGCUGUUCUGGAUACACGGUACAUUGGGGUCAACAAAACAACAGAAAAUCACUCAGUUCUAUACAACAAUCCUGCAGUAUACAGUCUGCUGAAGCACAGAAAAGAAGAUAUGCUUUUUCUUUAAAGUGUCAGAGCUUUGGCAGUUUUUAAGGUGUUGCAGAUAUCCUGUUGCACAUUUGUUUUCUGUUUUUGGCAGUCUUUACAAAAUCAAUUCAGGAAGGAAGUAGCCGCUAGAAAUCAGUAAUGUCAGUACCAAUGAGCAGUUUAUCAGAUUUAAA